GCCCAAAACUUCCUCAUUCUCCUUCGCCGGUGACGGAAUUCAAAACCACCCGCCUGUCAGCUCAGACAUCUGAUUCUUCUUCUGCGCUCCUUUCUGGUUCGUGUUGGCCUUUUUUCUCGGCGCUAGCUGCUCCCUCCCGAAUUUUUAGUUGUAUUGAUGAUUGGUGUCUGUGGUUCAGCGACAAGAACAAGUUAGCAGGGCGCUUUCUGUAGGUUUUGAGUUGAACUAUCUAUGGAGGCACGCCCUGCCAUUCGGAGAUCAGCUUGGAACCAACUUACUCACAUGGGAGUCUCAGGAGCACUAUCUACAUCUACACCAGUCCUUCAAUCCCCUUCGGAGGAGACGUUUCCCAAGUUUCAUGACUCACAACAGGUUUCCAUGGAGAGACCUGUUGGACAUGCUGGUCAUUUAUCAUCUAACAGUGGUGUAGUUGGCCACAUAGUUUCAUCACCGUCAAUAUUCUCAACGGAUCUUCACUAUUCAUCUAUUUCACCUCGUGAGAAGCAGUCAAGAAAUAAUCCUUUCAUUUCAAAGUCCUCAAGUUCGGUCUCUAUGCCAUUACCACAUUCUUCUCCUUCAGGAGUCUUUCAUUCUACAGUGUCUUGUGCCUAUUCCAAAGAAAACAGUGAUUCCUGGGGUACAGAUUCUCUGCCAGGGUUCCUUGAUUUUUCUGUGAAUACCCCUGUUCAGAAUAGUCAAAUAGAGAGCAGUAGUUGUAGUGGCAUCAUGGCUGCUGAAGAUAUAAGUAAGCACAAUGAUUGGCAGGAGAACUGGUUUGCCCAAAUUACUGAUGAUGAUGCUUUGACUUCUAACUGGAGUGACCUUCUCAUAGACAACAAUGUUACAGAUCUGGAACCACAGAUGACAUACCAGGUUCCCAAACCAUCAUCUAUGAAUUUUCCAGCUCAGCAGUCCCAAGUUCCUCAGCAAUAUCCUGCUUCAUCUGGAGAAAUCCUUCCGGCUCCAUCUAGAGAAAUUCUUUCUGAUCAUUCUAAGGAUAUCACUGCUGUUACUACUCCUUCCUCAGCUAUCAGUGCUGCAGCAAAGCCACGUAUGCGUUGGACACCAGAACUUCAUGAGGCUUUUGUUGAAGCUGUAAACCAACUUGGUGGUAGUGAAAGAGCAACUCCCAAGGGAGUACUGAAGCUCAUGAAAGUGGAAGGGUUGACUAUUUAUCAUGUGAAAAGUCACUUGCAGAAAUAUAGGACAGCUAGAUACAGACCAGACUCAUCUGAAGGAUCAUUGGAAAAAAGAUUGACUCCUCUCGAAGAAAUGACAUCUCUGGACUUGAAAACGGGUAUUGAGAUUACCGAAGCUCUGCGACUGCAGAUGGAAGUUCAGAAGCGGCUGCAUGAACAACUAGAGAUUCAAAGAAAUCUACAGCUACGAAUUGAAGAACAAGGGAAGUACCUUCAGAUGAUGUUUGAAAAGCAAUGCAAGUCAGGUGUUGACAAGCUGAACGCUUCAUCAUCUAGUUUGGAAAAUACUUCUGCUCAGCCUUCUGAUGCAAUGCAAGUUUCUCCUGAUAAAAGUCAGUUGGAGCCCUCUAAGGCUGAGCAUGGCGAGACUGAAGUUGAUCCUGUGAAAUCUAAAGUUGCAUCAGCAGAAUGUGCUGAUGAGCCGAUAGGAAAGCAGAAGUUGCCUGAAACUGAAGCUCCCGAAGAUUCUGAACCGGAUGUUUCUAUGUCCCGUUCCCCACCUCCUCCUAAGCGUCCAAAAAUUAAAGAAUAGGCGUAUCAUCUGUUAAACCAGUAUUAGACUGACCAAUCAUUCUUGAUAAUAGAAGGUUUUAAAUUAAAAAUAGGCCGGGUUGCCUGAAAAAGAGCCUUUCUAGUCUUUUUUUUUCUGAUCUUUUUAUUAUAAUAUUCACAUCGACAUUGAAUUAUGCGUAUGCAGUCUAUUCUGUCUUGCUGAUGGUUAGGAUAAUUAGUCAAAGAGUUUUGAUCCUAAUUCAGUUGUAUCCCCUUUAAAGA